AUGAAUUAUUGUUAUGAGAGGGUUCUGGGCAAUACCACCACGCUCAUUAUAAAUUGAGGCGAGAAGUCCGGCUGUCGCGUAGAGAGGCUAGUUGGCUUGCGAUCGAGAAAAAUUAGGGCAUCGAACAAUUUUCAUCCGCGACGAUAUUGUUUACGUAUAAGCAUUUAAGCGUCAAGUAGGCAUCUGAAUCGUUAUUGAUUUGUUUUGUUUUUUGGAAAGGAGCAUGGCGGGUGGAAAUUUCAUGCACAGAGUAGUUUCAUACCUCGUGAAUGAGGUUCUCGUCAACAGUCUUGCGAACAGCCGUACAUUUCAAAGGUUUGCUGUGAGGACAUCGAAGCAAAUUGAGGAGAUAUCUAACAAGGCUGCGCAGAAGAAGCAAGAACUUGCGGAACAAGUGAAAGACCUCUCCAAAAAUUUUGAUUCUUUCAAGAACCAAUAAUGCGGAGUGGAACAUGUUACCGCAACAUGAUGUAAAUCCUAUUCCAAUUUUACUCAUAAUAGUCAGAGAUUCCCUGAAGAUUUGUUUAAUAGCCUUAUCUUGUCUAUGUACGGAGUAAGUGUGACAGUAGAAUUUUAGAUCUGUUCUUGAUGCCUGGUCACCUCCCCUGUGAUUGAAACUGAAAGCCAGGAUGAACUAAUUUCUGCCUUGGUGUAUGCAGUUGCAUGCUUCUGACUGAGGCUUUUAAAUAUGUCUUGAGACAGAGAAAUGGCAAUUUAUAAAAUAAUAAUACGUUUGCUUUUGAUAGUGAAA